CUAUUUUUGCAGGUAAACUUCCCUGAUGUAGAGAAAGCAGAAUGGCUGAACAAGCUUGUUGCACAGAUGUGGCCCUUUAUUGGCCAAUACUUAGAGAAGAUGUUAACAGACACUAUAGCACCAUUGGUCCGCUCAAGCAAUACUCACCUGUCCACUUUCUAUUUUACAAAGAUCAACCUUGGUCAAAAGGCCCCGAAGAUAACUGGUGUUAAAGCUCAUACAGAAAUGGACAAGAAACAGAUUAUACUGGACAUGAAUAUCAGUUAUGUUGGAGAUGUGGAAAUAGACGUGGAAGUGAAAAAGUAUUUUUGUAAAGCUGGAGUGAAGGGUGCACAGCUUCAUGGGAUGUUGCGAGUCAUCCUAGAACCUCUCUCAUUGGUGAUGUCCCUAUUAUUGGCGCAUAACAUUAUUCUUCAUCCGACGUCCGAUGCUGGAUUUAAACUGGACAGGUCUCACAAACUUGCUGGAUAUACCCGGACUGGAUUUAAUAUCAGACACCAUGAUUAUGGACAUCAUUUCUGGGUACUUGGUGCUGCCAAAUCGCCUUGCCAUCCCCCUUGCCCAAGAUCUUCAUGUAGCAGAGCUCCGUUCUCCACUUCCCAGGGGCAUUGUGCGCAUCCAUCUUUUGGAGGCUCGUAGUCUGUCUCCGAAGGAUUUUCAGAUGGGAGGAUUGCUAGCAGGAAAGUCUGAUCCUUAUGCCAUAGUGCGUGUAGGGACACAGGUCUUCACCAGCCGUACCAUAAAUGAGAAUCUAAACCCAGUGUGGAAUGAGAUGUAUGAGGCAAUAGUACAUGAAGUGCCUGGGCAAGAGCUAGAAAUUGAGUUGUUUGAUAAAGAUCCUGAUAAAGAUGAUUUCCUAGGACGGAUGAAGUUGGAUCUUGGUGAGGUGAAGAAGGUUCAAGUCUUGGACAAGUGGUUCACAUUGAACAGUGCAAAGAGUGGGAAGGUUCAUCUUCGACUGGAGUGGCUCACUCUCCAGUCCAAUGCUUCCCAGCUGGAGCAGAUGAUAAAUUUGAAUAAAACUAUAUCUUCAAAGGCAAAUGAUGAACCAUCUUCUGCUAUUCUUAUUGUCUACUUGGAUCGGGCAGAUGACCUACCUCUUAAGAAGUCAUUAAAACAACCAAACCCUGUGGUGCAGAUUUCCAUACAAGAUGUGACCCAGGAGAGCAGGCCUGUAUACAAUACCAACUGCCCUGUAUGGGAGCAGCCAUUCCGUUUCUUUCUACGUAAUCCUAACUCACUGGACCUAGACAUACAGGUAAAGGAUGAUGAUCGUCAGCAAACCCUAGGCACUUUGUCAGUUCCGCUGGCCCGAAUCCUUUCUGCUGACCACCUGACAUUAGACCAGUGGUUCCAGCUGGACAACUCUGGGUUGAGGAGCAGGAUCUAUAUGAAGCUUGUCAUGAGGAUUUUGUAUUUGGAUCCAAAUAUAUCUGUGAUUGCAAAAACUGACACUGCCGAUCUGGAAGAAGCAGCUUUUGGAUCCAGUGUUGACCGGCCACCCCGACCCAGCAAAACCUCUCUUCCUGAGAACUUUGCUACAGAGAAUGUGCUUCGUGUAUAUUUACUUGAAGCUGAAAACCUGAUUGCAAAGGAUAACUUCAUGGGUGGCAUGAUUAAAGGGAAGUCUGAUCCUUAUGUAGUGGUACGAGCUGGUGGCAAAUCACUACAGACCAGAGUGAUCAAGGAGAACUUAAAUCCUCGAUGGGACCAAGCAUUUGAGAUCCUGGUCACUGAUGUCCCUGGACAGGACAUUGAGUUUCAAGUGUUUGAUAAAGAUAUUGACAAAGAUGAUUUCCUUGGAAGGUGUAAAGUUCCAGUGAAGACGGUUCUUAAACAGAAAACCAUUGAUGAGUGGUUGCCCUUAGAGGAAGUGAAGUCAGGAAAACUGCAUGUAAAAGUAGAGUGUCUGUCACAUCUUACUGAUGCUGCUCAAGUAGAGCAGGUUCUGUUGGUGAACAGCCUGACUCAGCCAGCACAUAGUGAUGAGUUCUCAAGUGCCCUUCUAAGUGUCUAUUUAGAAAGUGCCAGUGACCUGCCAAUGAAGAAGGGAGUCAAACCCCCAACAGCAACUGCAGAGAUAACUGUUAGGAAAUCUACCUACAAAACCAAGGUCACAUCAAAAAGUAGCAGUCCAGUCUGGGAAGAAAAGUUCAUAUUCCUUGUCAAGAAUCCCAAUUCUGAAGUACUGCAGAUUAAUGUGCGGGAUGAGGCCAGUAAGUCCUUGGGAUCUUUGACAAUGCCACUGUCUGAUCUUCUAACUGCUGAUUGUUUCACUGUUGAUGGCUGGUUCCCUCUGAAUUCAUCUGGAGGCGAACUUCUCAUGAGAGCUCAGAUGAGGAUUCUGGCCUCACCCAAUGUCAGCCCUGAACUCAAUGCUCUUAGUUUUAAGUCCUCUGACCCUCCUAGACCUCCUAGCCCUGUUAAAACAGAAUUUAACCUUGAGUCUGCUGUGGACCAUGAAGACCUCUCUGCAGGAGACCUGAGACAAAGACUGCCCUACACAAACAGUGAUCUGGAACCAGCAGCUUUUAAUGUAGGUCAGCUGCAUGUGACAGUGUAUUACCCAGCAAAGGAGGGGAAGCUUUUGGCAGUGAUGCACAGCUGCAGGAAUUUAAACGUUGGUUCUAAGGAGCUCCCCGAUCCUUACUUGUCUGUCCUGUUGGUGCCUGAUAAAAACCGGGCCACAAAGCGUAAAACCAGUGUGAAGAAAAGAACUACGAAUCCUGAGUUCAAUGAGAAAUUAGAAUGGGAGAUUCCUUUAGAGGAAGCCACAAAGAGGAAACUGGAGAUAUCUGUGAAAAAUAGUGUGUCCUUCAUGUCCAGGGAAAAAGAGCUGAUCGGAAAGGUUAUUAUUGACCUCUCUCAGGUGGACUUGUCAAAAGGCAUCAACCAGUGGUAUGAGUUGAAGAGUGACAGGACCAGCGUCUAA